AUGUCUUCUGUAGAAACUAUCACGAAUCCAUUUGUUGGUGUCAAUACUGACUCUAAAAAUCAAUAUCGUACUCCAGUUGAUUUAAUUAAUAACACUAUCGCUCCAAAUGUCUCUGCCAUCUUUGGUUACAAAACUUAUUCUCAAGCAGACCUUUUGUAUUCAAAUUUACCAUCAUCUGUUAAAUUCUUUCAAGAAUCUGAUAUCAGAGCAGGUGCAGGUCUAGCUCCAUUAGGUUAUUCUGCAGCUCGUCAAUCUUCAAUUGCCAAUAAACCUAUUGGUAUUAUUACUCCAGGUUAUGGUCUACCAUAUUUUGCCUCUUCUUUAAGCAAUUCAACCACUAGCUUCAUUUUUAAUGUUGCUGCACUAGCUUACCAAGAAAAAGAAAGUACUCUUGGUUCUGACUACGUUACUCCAUUAUCUGUUGCCAAACAACUAGGUUAUAACGUUAUCACACCUAUUUCUACUAAAGAAUUGGAAUUGACCUCAUUAUUAUCUGUUAUUCUAGCCACAGUUUCCAAUGCUAGAUCCACUAUUCAUCUUUUUGAUGGGCUGAAUACCACUCGUACUUAUGCUUCAUUAAAAGCAACCAUUGGAAACUCUGAAUCCAUUGUUACUUCUUUAACUAAAACUUUAGGCAACGAACCUUCUUUAGAUACUAUUCUAAAGGGUUUCAAUGAAAUUACUGGUAGUAACUUGGAUAACUUCAAUUACUCCGGUCCAAGUGAUCCAGAAACUUUGUUUGUCACUUAUGGUACUACUGAAUCCGAAUUAUUUAGUGCUGUAGUUCCAACUUUGUCUGUUAGAAUUCCACUACCAUUUGAUACUGUCAAGUUUAUCAAUGCUAUUCCAAAGAGCGUCAAGAAGAUUGUUGUUAUUGGUCAAUCAUUAAAUGAUAACCAUGCUGCUCCAUCAUUAUUGAGACUAGAUGUUUCAUCAGCUUUGUUUUAUCAUAACCGUAGAGAAAUCUCUGUUCAAGAACAUGUUUACAAACCAGAUUUUGUUUGGACUACACGUGAGGUUGCUAACUUGGUUACCGAAUUUGGUUCUACCAUUGCAAAUACCCCAUCCUAUGAUGGCAAACGUGCUUUAUUCUAUCUACCAGAUAACUCCGAGGCCAUCUCUAUUCCUGCAUUAUUAGCAAGAGCUUUAGCCUCUAGUAAUGAUAAUAUUACCUUCUCAACUAAAUACAAUAAUUUGGUUCAUAGUGGAGCCAUUGAAGCUGACUUAUCCAUUGGAGUUACUGAAUCAGGAGCGGCAACUGCUGACUUCGUCUUAGUUCAAGAUAUUAACUUAUUAAACCACUUGGAUGUUGUUAAUUCUGUUAAGUCUAAUGGUACAAUUGUUUACCUAGCUACCCGUGAAGUCGAGAAAUAUCCACAACAAUUCAUUGCUGAUAUCAUUUCUAAAGAAAUUAAAUUGAUCACAAUUGAUCCAACUGAGUUCGAAGAAGAUAUCGAUUCUUUGGUUGCUAUUAUCCAAGCUACUUUCUACGAGACUGCUCUAAAGAUCCCAAGAAAUGAAAUUAAUAAAAAGGUUGUCUCUAAUUUAAGUCAAGAACAAAUCCAUGAUUUAAUUCACAUUGAUGAAGAUUCCGAAGAAAAUAGAGUAUCUAUUUACACUACUGAUAAACUACCAAAACCUGAAUUCUCAGAUGAAGUUCUUGAGCAAUUACCAUCUUUCUUCCAAGCAAACUCAUUCGUUGCUAACAAUAUCAAAGAACAACAAGAAAAGAUCAAUGAAGCACCAUCUGUUACUUCAACUAUUACCGAAUUAACAAAGAGAUUGGCAUUCAAGGAAGCUUAUCAUGUUGAAAAGAAACUAAGACCUGACUUACCAUUAAUUAAAAAUCACAUCAUUAAAGUCAAGGAAAACAGACGUCUUACCCCAGCUGAUUACGAUAGAAAUAUCUUCCAUAUUGAAUUUGAUAUCUCUGGUACCGACCUUACUUAUGACAUUGGUGAAGCUCUUGGUAUUCAUGCUAGAAACAAUGAAAAGCAAGUACUGGGAUUCUUGGAAGCAUAUGGCUUAAACCCUGAACAAAUUGUUCAAAUUCCAAAUAAAGAUCAACCUCAGUAUAUUGAAUCUAGAACUGUUUUGCAAAUUUUUGUUGAAAAUCUAGAUAUAUUUGGUAAACCACCUAAGAAGUUCUACGAAUCUUUAAUUCCAUUCGCAAAGGAUGAAGAUGAGAAGAAAUUUUUAGAAGAUUUAAUUACACCAGGUGGUGCAUUAGAGUUAAAAAAUUUCCAAGAAAUCGAAUUUUACUCUUAUGCUGAUAUAUUCGACCGCUUCAAAUCUGCCAGACCAGAACUUGAUGAUUUAAUUAAUAUCGUUGCACCACUAAAGAGAAGAGAAUAUUCUAUUGCCUCUUCUCAAAAGAUGCACCCUAAUGAAAUCCACUUGUUGAUUGUUGUUGUUGAUUGGGUUGACAAACAAGGUAGAAAGAGAUAUGGUCAAGCUUCUAAAUAUAUUUCUGAUUUACAAAUUGGUCAAGAGUUAGUUGUCAGUGUUAAACCAUCUGUCAUGAAGCUUCCAGCUGACACUAAGGCACCUGUUGUUAUGAGUGGUCUAGGUACUGGUUUGGCUCCAUUUAAGGCCAUUGUCGAAGAAAAACUAUGGCAAAAGCAACAAGGUUAUGAAAUUGGUGACAUUUUCUUGUACUUAGGUUCUAGACAUUGUAGACAAGAAUACUUAUACGGUGAAAUUUGGGAAGCUUACAAGGAUGCAGGAAUUAUUACUCAUAUUGGUGCCGCUUUCUCUAGAGAUCAAACCAAGAAGAUUUACAUCCAAGAUCGUAUUAGAGAAAACUUGGACGACUUGAAGGUUGCCAUGAUUGACCAAAAGGGUUCCUUCUUCCUUUGUGGUCCAACCUGGCCUGUUCCAGAUAUUACUUCAGCUUUGGAAGAUAUUAUUUCAGCUGACGCUAAAGAAAGGAAUGUUAAAGUUGACUUGAAUGAAGCAAUCGAAGAACUAAAGGAAACUUCCAGAUAUAUUCUAGAAGUCUAUUAG